UCGGUGCUCUUACGUGUCAAGUACAAGCUGCGACAGCUUCAGAAAGCCAAAAGCACCGUCCCCAAGAUGUUCCAGGAGGUUGUCCUCAGGCACCCUGACAAAGUGGCCCUGAUUUACGAAGCCACUGGCGAGCAGUGGACCUUCAGGAGGCUGGAUGAGUACUCCAACGCCGUGGCCAACUGCUUCUACCAGCAAGGUUUCCGGGUGGGGGACGUCAUCGCCAUCUUCAUGGAGAGUCGCCCCGAAUUCGUUGGCCUCUGGCUGGGGAUGGCAAAGAUCGGCCUCGAGGCAGCUCUCAUCAACUUCAACCUGCGCCUCGAUUCCCUGGUUUACUGCGUGAGGACCUCGGGGGCCAAAGCUGUCAUCUUCGGAGGGGAGCUGUCCUCAGCAAUAUGUGAAGUGAAUGGGAUGCUGGGGAAGAACAUGGCAAAGUUCUGCUCUGGGGACUACAACCCAGCUGUUGUUCCUGUGGAGACCAGGCAUCUCGAUCCUCUCCUGAGCACUGCCUCGAAGUCAGCCCCAACUCAGAUUCCAGGCAAAGGUUUAGAUGAUCGCCUCUUCUACAUCUACACUUCAGGAACAACAGGUGUCCCUUAGGCUGGGCUGUGCUCUUGCAGGUAUUAUCGUAUUGCUGCCUUUGGUUACUACGCCUACAAAAUGCACCCAGACGAUGUCCUCUACAACUGCCUCCCCCUCUACCACUCUGCAGGUAACAUCAUGGGAGUCGGGCAGUGCCUCAUCCACGGCCUCACCGUGGUGAUCAGGAAGAAGUUCUCAGCCAGUCGCUUCUGGGAUGACUGUGUGAAGUACAGAUGCACGAUUAUUCAGUAUAUCGGGGAAAUCUGCAGGUACCUCCUGAACCAGCCCGUCCGGGAGGCGGAGGCACAGCACCGCGUGCGCCUGGCGGUGGGCAACGGCCUGAGGCCCAGCAUCUGGGAGGACUUCACCAAGCGCUUCCGAAUCAAGCAGAUUGGGGAGUUCUACGGGGCCACGGAGUGUAACUGCAGCGUUGCCAACCUGGAUGGGAAGGUUGGGGCUUGUGGUUUCAACAGUCGGAUCUUGCCCAGCUUUUAUCCCAUUCAGUUGGUGAAGGUCAAUGAGGACACGAUGGAGCUGAUGCGGGAUUCCCAGGGGCUGUGUAUUCCCUGUCGCCCAGGAGAGCCGGGAUUGCUCGUGGGGCAGAUAAACCAGCGGGAUCCCCUGCGCCGCUUCGACGGCUACGUCAACGAGAGCGCCACCAGCAAGAAGAUCGCUUCCAACGUGCUCCGGAAGGGAGACCAGGCCUACCUGUCAGGAGAUGUUUUGGUGAUGGAUGACCUGGGAUACAUGUACUUCCGAGACCGCAGCGGGGACACCUUCCGAUGGCGCGGGGAGAACGUCUCCACCACCGAGGUGGAAGGAACGUUGAGCCGCGUCCUCAACCAGACGGAUGUUGCGGUGUAUGGAGUGGAAGUCCCAGGGGUGGAGGGCAAAGCUGGGAUGGCAGCGAUCGCAGAUCCCAAAGCCAAGGUCAGCCCCAACGUCCUCUACCAAGAGCUGCAGAAGGUGUUGCCUCCUUACGCCCGGCCCAUCUUUCUCCGCCUCCUGCCCCAGGUUGACACCACAGGUACGUUUAAGAUCCAGAAAACCCGUUUGCAGAUGGAGGGCUUCGACCCGCACCAAACCUCGGAUCGUUUGUAUUUCCUGGAUCUAAAGUUGGGCAAAUACGUUCCUCUGGAUGAAAGCCUUUACGAAAGGAUUUGUUCUGGGAAAGCUGCUCUAUGA